AGCAAACCAGAGAGACAGACCGAGAGAGAACCAGGAGAGAGACCCAGAGAAAGAGAAGAAGGCAAGCUCUGUCGGGGCUCAACCUCCAACUUGUUUCAGUUCAUUCAUCCUUCUUUCCUCUCUGCUUCGGAAAAGUGUCUGUGGCGCUCGGUCUCUCCAACUUAGUGCCUGAGAAGAUGAUUAUCACACAAAUGUGUCACUUCUACAUGACCAGACUUGGGGUUCUUUUCCUGAUUAAUAUUCUCCCUGGAACGACUGGCCAAGGGGAAUCAAGACGACAAGAACCUGGGGACUUUGUGAAGCAAGAUAUUGGCGGACUCUCUCCUAAGCAUGCCCCAGAUAUUCCUGAUGACAGCACCGACAACAUCACUAUUUUCACUAGAAUCUUGGAUCGUCUUCUGGAUGGUUAUGAUAACCGACUGAGACCUGGACUUGGAGAUGCAGUGACUGAAGUGAAGACUGACAUCUAUGUGACCAGUUUUGGCCCUGUGUCCGACACUGAUAUGGAGUACACCAUUGAUGUAUUUUUUAGACAGACAUGGCAUGAUGAGAGACUGAAAUUUGAUGGACCAAUGAAGAUCCUUCCACUGAACAAUCUCCUGGCUAGUAAGAUCUGGACUCCUGACACCUUCUUUCAUAAUGGCAAGAAAUCAGUGGCUCAUAAUAUGACCACACCCAACAAACUGCUUAGACUGGUAGAUAACGGAACCCUUCUCUAUACAAUGAGGUUAACAAUUCAUGCUGAGUGUCCUAUGCAUUUGGAAGAUUUUCCCAUGGAUGUGCAUGCCUGCCCACUGAAAUUUGGAAGCUAUGCCUAUACAACAGCUGAAGUAGUUUAUUCUUGGACUCUUGGGAAGAACAAAUCUGUGGAAGUAGCACAGGAUGGUUCUCGCCUGAAUCAGUAUGACCUGCUGGGCCACGUUGUUGGGACAGAGAUAAUUCGGUCAAGUACAGGAGAAUAUGUUGUCAUGACAACCCAUUUUCAUCUCAAGCGAAAAAUUGGCUACUUUGUGAUCCAGACCUACUUGCCAUGUAUCAUGACUGUGAUUCUAUCACAAGUGUCUUUUUGGCUCAACAGAGAGUCUGUCCCUGCCCGCACAGUCUUUGGUGUCACCACUGUUCUCACCAUGACUACCUUGAGUAUCAGUGCCAGAAACUCCUUACCUAAAGUGGCAUAUGCGACGGCCAUGGACUGGUUCAUAGCCGUCUGUUAUGCCUUUGUAUUUUCUGCACUGAUUGAAUUUGCCACUGUCAACUACUUCACCAAGCGGAGUUGGGCUUGGGAAGGCAAGAAGGUGCCAGAAGCCCUGGAAAUGAAGAAGAAAACACCAGCAGCACCAACAAAGAAAAGCACCACCUUCAACAUCGUGGGAACCACCUAUCCCAUCAACCUGGCCAAGGACACUGAAUUCUCCACCAUCUCCAAGGGCGCUGCUCCCAGUGCCUCCUCAACUCCAACAAUCAUUGCUUCGCCCAAGGCUACCUACGUGCAGGACAGCCCCACCGAGACCAAGACCUACAAUAGUGUCAGCAAGGUUGACAAAAUUUCCCGCAUCAUCUUUCCUGUGCUCUUUGCCAUAUUCAAUCUGGUCUAUUGGGCCACAUACGUGAACCGGGAGUCUGCUAUCAAGGGCAUGAUCCGCAACAGUAGAUAGUAGUGGUGGUGGCCCGGCAACCAGAGCACUGUAUACCCCAUGAAGCAUCCAGGCAUUUAAACCCCAGGGCUCCCCUUCAUGUGUUUCAGGGUUUUUCUUUUUAACCCCCUUCCAAGCUGUGACUCUCAAUUUAUAUUUGUGAAUCUCAAUGAAAGUCUAACAACAGAAAAAUUACUUGUCCCUCUAACAUUGCUUAGUAUUCCCCCAUCAGAGCCAAACACUGCCAUUUGUCCAGUUGCUCAUCUUAGUCUGCCAGUCUCCCCCAACUGAGGGCACUGCAUGUAUUUAUUGCACUCUGCCUAUUGCAGAAAGAACUAGAGACUCUGCUUCCUAAAGUGGGAGCCUUGGCUGUUUGAGAGGUACAGACUGAGGAUAUCCGUUGACUGGUUUAGACCAGAUGAUUCUGACUCACUCAGGAGCCAGGCUGGGCUAUUACAUAUAGUCCUGUCUGACACCUCUUUUGCCCACAGCAUAAGAACCAACAGUAAAGGCAGAAACCAGUACUAACCUGUGUUCAUCAUCCCUAAUCCUUUUCUUGACUUGGAGGUUAGUGGGGACAAUUAAGGGCUCAAAUCUAUCAACCAUGUAUGGUCAAAAUAAAACCAAAUGGGCCAGACUGGCACCAACGUGGAUGUGGCCCUGCCAGGUUCAGUCCUUCAGCAAAGUCGAACCCUGCUGGUAUCUCUCUUCUCCAGGAAAUUUCUCUUCAAUGCUUUGACCACCUUGUAGCCAGCUGGACACUGAUUAGUUUGAAUUCAUUACUGACUGAAAAUUCUUCAGGAAAAGAGAUUUUUUAAAAGUUAAACCAAAAGAUGUUAAUAGAAAUAAAAACAUCUAGAUCAAAUGCUUUUACAAGAAUUUGUAAAAGAUGGGAGAGAUAAGAAACUUGCCUCCUUUGCUAAAGCAAUAGUCAAAUACUGGAUGGGACAAGAGGAGUUGAUGGUAGUUGAGGAUUGAAGACUGAUACAAGUGAAAAGGUCACUGGCAGGUGCAAGUCAAGUUUUUCCUUCCAUAUCCUCCAAACUCCCACAGCCUUGUCCAGUCUCAGGCACUUUGCUCCCACCAUGUCAGGCACUUCUGGUCCUCUGCAAAAUGCCAGUUCUUAUGAGGGGUGAACUGGUGAUUCAUAUAAGUGUGUCUAGUUAACUUUUGGGUCAACUAAAUCAUUAACUUUAUUACCAGUUUUAUAAUGAAUUAUUUAUAGGCCAUUUAAUCUCAUUCAUUAUUAAUUUUAAUGUGAGUAAAAGGGACAGGCAUAAAUACCAAAUUUUUUAUAAGAUAGAUAAACUGAGACCCAGAAGUUGGAUAUUAUCUAGGCUCCCUACAAGUAAUUUUAAUAAAGAACUAUCAUAUGCCUCUCUCCAAUGGCCAAAAAUGAAGAAAGAAUUGAGAAGUCAGGACCACUUUGACUCAGAAUCAGCAUGAUUUCAGUAAGCUUUCUGGGUCAUGAGCACAGAUUGUUUGGACACCAAAAAGGUCUUUAGAAAGCUAAAAUGUGUCCCCCCAAGAAGACCAUUGUAAUAGUCAUGGUUCAAAGGAAUGAGACUGUCUAAGUCCACAGCCCUAGCCACUUUGAAUUGAAUACUGCACUAGUGCAGAGUAUCCUAGAUGUCCAAAGUGAAGCCACAGAUGGCACCACAUGCAGAUUCUCCCUGCCCGCCCCUGAACAAAGCUCCUAAGGGGUGUAUCAUCAGCUGCUGGUUGCCCUUUCAUCUGUCCUUCCCCCAUCCCCUGCUUCCUUGCCAUUGCUGGGAUAAUGCAUGCCAGUCCCAUUAUUCCUAAGACUGUGUCUGUAGGUAAAUUUAUGACUAGAAGAGUGUAGUCUUGUUUGAUAUGGGCAGAUGGGGGGUGG